AUGCCACGCGCGUCCGAUAUACUCUCACACGGUAUCCCGUAUGAGGCGAACAACCGUGCCGUACCCGACAAAAUUGACUGGCGUGAAUCUGGUUAUGUGACGGGGGUGAAAGAUCAGGGAAACUGUGGUUCCUGUUGGGCUUUCUCAACAACCGGUACUAUGGAGGGACAGGCUGUGGAAGGUCAGUGUCGAUACAAUAGGCAGUUGGGAGUUGCCAAAGUGACUGGCUAUUAUACUUUGCAUUCUGGCAAUGAGGCAGGAUUGAAAAGUUUAGUCGGUUCCGAAGGACCUGCUGCGGUCGCUGUGGAUGUUGAAUCUGACUUCAUGAUGUACAGGAGUGGAAUGACACUUUAUACCUUCGGUUAUUUGCACAUCAUAUUAGUAGUUCAUAUGGCGUGUGCUACGGAGAUCGACCCACUGCUAAUGUAA